ACCACACACCCAUAUGCAAAAUAAAAUUAGAAAUACUGCCCGACUCUCAAGGUAUUUAGGGAAUGGAGAUCUUCAAUCAACACAGCCAAAACCAGUGCUCCACUCUCUCCCUCCCCAGCCAGUGUUAGAGACAGGCAGAGCUUGUGAAAAGGGUCUAGACAGCCAUGAUCUUGACACAAAGAGGCUCUAAAGGGAAAAAAAGGCCAUUUGUGCUUUCCUGUGUCUGCCCUGUGGCCACCGGAACUCACAGGGGCUACCGGAUUCCCAGAGACCAGCACCUCGCAAGCUGUUCUUUUCCUUCUAUGUAAGAGCCUUUCAGAACACGAAAAGGUUUCCUGGUCCCUUUUUAUUUUUGAUAAAAUACGGAGAAAACAGUAUCUGAGGAUUUAAAAAUAUAGGCUGAGUUGAUAAGCAUAUGGUCCUUAUUUUAAGGGAUUGCUCCCUUUUUAAUCAAUCAACUGAGAAAGCAAUGCACAACUGUUUAGAAUGUUUGCCAUCACCCAGAGCAGUGGCAUAGGGCAGGCAUGUGAGCCCUGACAGCCCAGGGAACUGAGGUGGUAGGGACACCAAUAUUCCUGCAGUGGUUCUAAAGCUUUCUCUGCUUCCCCCAGCCUCUAUGUGACACACACUGGCCAACUGUCCCCACCCUCUUGGUGCCUCUCAGUACCCACCUUGGACUAGUGGGUCAGAAAAAGAAAGGAACUAGGAACUGAGAGGUGGGGGCAGGACUCCAGGCAGAAGCUCCUGGUCCAAGCUAUUCAAGCUCUGUAUCGGGAUAAACUGCUCAGUUGUCCUCCCUUCUCCCCAAAUCAGGGCUUCCUCUGGGUCUCAGGGUGAUGCAGCCUUGUGUCGAGGCUGAGAGCAGGUGCAAUAGUUCAAAUCCAGGCUCUGUCGCUUACCCACUCUAUGUCCUUGGGCAUGUGACUUAGCUUCUCUGUGGCUCAACCUCCUCAUUCAUACAAUGGGGAUCAUGGAGCUUCUGCUGAAAGGAUUCAGAAAGCUGCCUUAUGCUAAAGGCUUAGCACAGGGCCUGGUUCACAGCAAGGGCCAAAUAAAUAGAGUCACAAUUAUAAACUAAUGUUCAAAUAGUGCUCACUAUGGACAGGCCCGGUUCAAGGGCUUUACGUAUAUUUUUGUCAUGUAAUCCUCACACCUCUGUUUUACAGAUGGGAAAACUGCAAUCUGAGGAUCACCCAGAAGGGAACGAUGGCUAUUCAGACCCAGGCAGACAGGCUCCUGAGUUGGGACUCCCAACCCCUCUGUGUACAAUGACGUUGUUCUUUAUGGGUGUUGCCCCUGGCAAGCUGAGCUCCUAAGCCCCCAGGUUUUCCUCCGGAGAAGGGAGAGCAGGGAGGGUUGUCAGCCACGGUGGGGAGGAAAGGAGCAGACGAUGGUUAGAGCAUCUACAGCAGGGUUGAAUCCAGAGCCCCCGGCUGGAACCAGGGGCUCAGGUCAGGCGGGCUCCCCUGCCUGCUCCAGAGGAGCGAGGGGAGGAAGGGGGGCAAGUCCACGAUGCUGAGAGGGGUGGCCAGAGCGCCGCCCCCAGGAGGAGAAGGGAGGGUUGGCAGGGCUGGGGGGUGCCCAGCUGCCAUUCCCGCCGUCUCCUGGCCCCCACUCGCUGGCGCCCAAGUGGGAGGACGGCAGCUGCCCGCUCCCUCCUCCCCACACCCCCGCUACCUGCCCAGUGCCCGAAGCGAAGCGUGAGGAGGCUGCGAGCCAGAGGGGCCGAGCCCACAACUUUGCAGCCUCGGGGAGGGCGAGAGCCGGCGUCCAGGGCUCCUCUUAUCCGCGACCAGAGCUUGGAAUGUAAUCAAAGAUGCUGGCCCUGAGGCUGCUCAACGUGGUGGCCCCUGCCUACUUCCUGUGCAUCUCCCUGGUGACCUUCGUGCUGCAGCUCUUCCUCUUCCUGCCCAGCAUGCGCCAGGACCCUGCUGCCGCUCGGAUCUUCUCACCCGCGCUGCUCCAUGGGGCUCUCUUCCUGUUCCUCUCCACCAACGCCCUGGGCAAUUACGUUCUGGUCAUCCAGAAUUCCCCGGACGACCUGGACGCCUGCCAGGGGGCUGCGGCCAGGAGGGCCCCAUGCCCACCCAGCACCCACUUCUGCCGAGUGUGCGCCAGAGUCACCCUGAGGCACGACCAUCACUGCUUCUUCACUGGCAACUGCAUCGGGAGCAGGAACAUGCGCAACUUCGUCCUGUUCUGCCUCUACACCUCCCUGGCCUGCCUCUACUCCAUGGUGGCUGGUGUGGCCUACAUCUCCGCAGUCCUUUCCAUCUCCUUCGCCCACCCUUUGGCCUUCCUCACGCUCCUGCCCACCUCCAUCAGUCAGUUCUUCUCUGGAGCUGUCCUCGGUUCUGAAAUGUUCGUCAUCCUCAUGCUCUACCUCUGGUUUGCCAUCGGCCUGGCCUGCGCUGGCUUCUGCUGCCAUCAGCUGCUGUUGAUCCUCCGGGGGCAGACCCGCCACCAGGUGCGGAAGGGGGUGGCCGUGAGGGCCCGGCCCUGGCGCAAGAACUUACAGGAGGUCUUCGGGAAGAGGUGGCUGCUGGGGCUGCUGAUCCCCAUGUUCAAUGUCGGAAGUGAGAGCUCCAAGCAGCGGGACAAGUAGCAGGCACUCCCAUCGUUUCUCUGUGUGUGCGUCUUGACCCCUGAGGAACGUAAGACCACAGUACUCUUGUCUCCACCCGUGUCCCAUUGCAGCUUUGGAUUGGUAAGGUCCUAGCAUCCAUCCUUGGUCUUGAACAUAUAGAGCACAGCAUUGGCUGGUGGACCAUGACAAGGAGGAGAGAUGGCCACCCAGGCAUUGCUAGGCUCCCCAUGAGCCAGCCAGGGGGCUGCUAACUGUUCAGAAGCCUCGGCUUUUGUUUCUCCCCCUUGGGGCACCUGCUUUCCCCGUCUGUCUGGCUCAUCCACUCUCUACCAAGUCUCAUGUCAUCAUUGCUACCUGCUAGAGCUUUUCCUCUCAGCCCCGUGUUAGUAGUGGGGAGUGGAUUUUUACGGCUGGUAUGAUGCUCCCCAGGACUUGGAGGCUGGCAAAAAUGUUUAAAAUUACCAUGGGUGAGAGGCAGCCAAGUCAGCUCUGCCAACUGCUAGUGAGGCUGGCAAAGGAGGGGUGUGUGUCCUCAUCCCCUCUGUGGAAUUGUAGACGGUGGAAAGAAAAAAGAACUCAGGAGCUUACUGCCCAAGGCUCUUUCUCUGGGAGACAGCAGCCAAUGGCUUGGGGUUUCCAGCUGCUGUCCCUGUCCACCUUGCCCCAGCUGGCCACCCAGCCUAAUCCAAGACCUGGCUGGAUGCUUCCUUUCUCUGACACUUUUCCAGCCUUUCCCAUUGGUCCAGCCUCCAGGUCUUUACCAGAUGCUAGGAAGGCAAGGAAGAAGGGAAAAGGAAGGGGAGAUCCUGAUAAAUGAGAGAGAGUAUGUGACAUAACUGUACAGAAGGGGAUGUGGUGGGGAGGGAGGGAGGAAGAGGAAGAUGGAGAGAGGUAUUGUUAGGAAAAUAGAGAAAUAAUGCUUAAGGGAUGGGGGAGAGAGAGGGUCACAGACGUUAUUUGGGGAAUGAAAAUGAGAGGAGCAAGUGGGUUCAUUUCUGAAGGAUAUUCUAGCAGCUAAAGCUGUUGGGUGUGUGACAAUUUCCUGGGAGGUAGUGAGUAUCUUACAAAUGGAGAUAGUCCAGAAGGAAUAGGCAGUCACCUGGCAGGCAUGCUGUGGGAAGAAUUUUUGCAUAGGAUCAGAGAAAGGAAGAUCCUUUUGCACCUCCAGAUGCCAAUGUUCUCUUCCUGAUUAUUAGGGGCAAGAUGUCUCUCUAUUUUAUUUUUUAUUUUUCAUUUUUGGCCGCCCUGCAGCAUAGGGAGCUCCCGGGCCAGGGAUCAGAUCCAAGCUGCAGUUGCAGUUGCAACCUAAGCCCCAGCUGCAGUGGAUCCUUAACCCACUGUGCCAGGUUGGGGAUUGAACCUGCAUCCUGGUGCUCCCAAGAUGCCACUGAUCCCGUUGUGCCAUGACGGGACCUCUGCAAGAUGUCUCUUGAGAGACAGAACUACUAGGUAUUAAUGCUAGUUGAGGGGAUUAGCAUUUGAGGAUGGGGAGAUGGAGCAUUGCCAGGGGCAGGUGGGGGCAGUGGUGGGUAGAACAGAGCUGAAAGAUCACGCUCAACUCUGAGGAGUGAGAUUGGGAGAGUUGAGGCUCAGGAAAAGGGAGACAGAGUAUAGGGGUACCGUUGUGUGACCAGUGCUGACUGGCUCUGGAUGGGGGUACUGCUAUGUGUUCUGGGACCCAGAAGACCAGACUCCUGGAGCAUAUGAGGGAGUGAGGACAACACAAGGGCCCCCUUUGACUGGGUCCCAAGGCUAGUCUGCCAUCCAGUCUGCUCUAGGCCAGCUGGUGGUCACAGCGACCCCAGCCAUUGGGGCACAACACACUGAGUUCUUGAGCAGAGCUUGGGAGAACUUUAUCUUGGUCCUGCCUUCAUGCCCCCUAGAGAACUAAUGUAGUAAUGGUGCCAUCGGCUCAUACUUCUCCCUCCUAUAUUCAUUCAUUCAUGUAUCCUACAUGCAUUUAUUGAGCACCAACUAUGUGCCAAGUCUCUAUCAGGCACUGGUAUACAGUGAUGAACAAGACGAGAUCCCUGCUGCCAGGAGCAUUUGUCACUGUCCCUAUGCACUGACGCCCACCCUUUAAAAAAUGGUCACUCUGCCAUCAUGCUGGUGAACAGGGCAAGGUUGCUUGGAGGAGAAGGAUGUGGCAGAGAGGGU